AUGUUUGAUGGCUCGGUUAGUGUUGCUGGACCUAUCACCGAGUUUGUCGAAGUCGGUUUUAGUUUGACGAAGGACGCCAAAGUGCGAUCUGUUUGUCUCGAUGUAACAACGCUCUGCGAUGCAGAUGUUGUGAUAGGGUGGGACUGGAUGAGGAAGGAAGGGGUUGUUCUUGAUGGAAGAGACAACUCGGUGAAAUUCCCCAUCCCAAGCCCACCAAGUGCGGCGAAGUUAGCGGCCAUAGGGCUGCCAACUCCGACAGACGCGAUAGAUCUCCGAGACAAAGAUGACCAGGAUGAACUGAGUCCGGAGGAACAGGAGGAAUUCAUUCAGAACCCAGUACGCACUUCUUGA